AGCUCGCAUUGUCAUGGCAGACGAUAAAGUUAGAGUCAAUGCUCAAUCAAAAUGUUUUCAUGGAAACAGUUUGUUUCUCUCGUCUGCAAUAUUCGUCUUGGUCAUCAUCAAUUCUUCCAUUUUCCUGGCAUUCACCAUUCACCAACUCCGCCAGAUCGGUGACGUAGAACGCAUGCUUCUAGAAAAACGUCUGCGUUUAGAAAAUAUUAGGGCGUCAUGCUGGAAUAACAACUAUUCGAAGAAGGAAAAGCUCCUUCAAGUCAUCGACCAAUUACCAAAAAUUGAUCGCAAGUACGAUAAAUUAAGAGAAAACAUGAGGAGACGCCAGACGAGUUCAAUAUCGUCCCUGUUCCAAGACCUAGUUCACGCACAGGAGCAGCUCCUGAUACAGCGCUGCACUCCGGAUACAGUAAUCUGCAUUAAAGGUCAAAAAGGAGAUUUGGGCUUUCCUGGAGAAAAAGGAAACAUGGGUCCAGAUGGAAGUAAAGGAAUGCCAGGAAUUAAAGGACUUGAUGGACAAGAUGGUUCACCUGGUGAAAAAGGGAAAAAAGGAAUCCCUGGAGAAAAGGGAUUACAGGGGCCACAAAACGGGAAUGGGGCAAAGGGCGACACGGGGGUCGUUGGUGAUAAAGGGGUGCCCGGUUUGAUGGGCAUCAAAGGGGACCGUGGUAAGACAGGUGUGAAAGGAACUUCAGGGGGAAAAGGUCAGUCUGGAUCUAAAGGGUUGCCAGGUCUCAUUGGACCCAAAGGGGACAAAGGGGAUUCCGGCCCUGUGGGUGAACAGGGUGCCAAAGGAGAAAGGGGUGCAGUUGGAGCAAAGGGGAGCAUAGGGAAUGGGACAAGCUGUGAUUGUAUGGAUAAACCCAAAUUUAAAGAAAGCCAUCAAACGGAAUCGGUACACUUUGGUAGCAAUGUAACGUUAGACUGUUCAACAACGUCACUUCCGGAACCAACAGUUACAUGGAUUAAAACUGAUAGCGACGGAUGUUUUGCAAAUUUUUCUAAAACUUCGGGAGAAAAAAUUGAACUAAAAAAUAUUCAACCGGUCGACGUGGGUACCUAUCAAUGUACAGCGGAAAACGCUGUUGGAACUUCAGUUAAAACCAUUACCAUUACAUCAACAGACAACCCUGAAGUCAUUUCCUGUGACUUUGAAUCUGGUUUCUGUGGCUGGUCUCAAAGUAAAGCAGACGAUGCAGAUUUUUCUAGAAAUACCGGACUUCUACGGACGCCGACGGCGGACCAUACACCGGGGAAAGGAGGAGGAGGUAACUAUGCGAACAUCGACAGUAGCGCAAUGACAACGGGGCAGAAGGGUAAACUGGAGUCCUUUUUCAUCCCAGCGCAAGAGAAACACUGCUUAACCUUCUGGUAUUAUGUUGAUAGCGCAUCUGGAGCAAUUUUAAAAGUGAAAACAAAAGCCUGUAGUCUAGACGAAGCUACACUUCUAAAGUUGACAAGUUCGGGAACAGGUUGGAAACAAGCCAGAGUUGACAUUCCUGUAGACACCCACGGACGACAAAUUAUAUUCGAGGCUGAAAGAGGAAAUUCGGCUUCUGAUGUGGCCAUUGAUGACGUCAGCUUCUCCAAUAAGGAAUGCCCACCUGCGGACAAGAAACCAGAAAUAAUAAACAAGAACCAGACAAUUGUGGUACAGAAAGGAGACAGAGCAGUGAUACCCUGCAAUGUCACUGGCUUCCCAGGUCCCAGCUUUACGUGGGAUAAAGCCAGUGCCUGUUCUACAUAUCAAAGAAAUGGACAGCCUCUAGUUAUAACGAAUGCAUCCUUGUCCAGUGCUGGGACCUACAAAUGUAUUGCAAAAAACAGAGCUGGAACGGAUUGGGGCGAAAUCAAAUUGAUUGUCAAUGAAACUGAAAUUUGCACAUUUAAGAGCACAGAACAAUGUAAUUGGAAAAAUAUUCAGACUGGAGACAACUUAGAUUGGGUAAAGCAGACCGGAAGUACUCCAUCUUCCCAAACAGGACCUUCCGCUGACCACACAAACCCUAACAAUGGCGGGUACUACAUGUAUAUGGAGGCUUCCAGUCCAGCUGCCACCAGCAACACAGCAGUCCUACAGUAUAAGACCCUGCCAGCAGGGCAGCCGUUCUGUGUUCACUUUUGGUACCAUAUGUAUGGAAAUAGUAUGGGAUCGUUACGAAUAUUAGCAAAGGACUGUAAGACAAACUCCAGUGUGGAGAUAUGGAAAGUGUCUGGCGACCAGGGCGACAAGUGGAACGAGGCGUGUGUUCUGCUAGAACAAGGUGGCCAUGAUUACAUUCCCCAGAUCGAGGCUAUGCGUGGUCAGAGUUACCACUCGGACAUUGGAAUUGAUGAUAUUGAAUUUAGGACAGGACAAUGUGAUUGUCAUACUAGAAUACCUGUUAAUUUAACCUGUAACUUUGAUGGGGAUAUAUGCGACGGUCAAGGUUUCAGGGCCCAGUCAUCUACAACUUACCAGCUCCGAUGGAGUAGGGCUAAAGGGGUGACACCUUCCAUAGGCACUGGUCCAGAUAGGGAUCAUACCAGUGGUUCCGGGUCUUACAUAUUUGUUGAAACAUCCGGCGGCAGCCCCGGACUCAAGGGCUCUUUCUUAUCCCCCCAGUUACCUUCCAAUCAGGAGGCGUGCCUGCAUUUCUGGUACAACAUGAACGGGGCCGAAAUGGGGGACUUGGAUGUUAUUGUUCAGCCAACAACUGGCAACGGCACUACCAUUCUACACGAAUCCGGGAAUAAGGGUACACGUUGGUUGGAGGCAAAAAUGACCAUUCCUUCGCAAACUCAGCCCUACAAAAUUGACUUCCAAGUGACCAGAGGGUCUGGCUUUAAGGGGGACGCCGCGCUUGAUGAUAUUUCCAUCAAAGAUGGACCCUGUGUAUAGCGUAGAACUAAACCGAACAAUUGAUGAUUGUUACACGAUAAAUUACUUCGAUGCCUAUCA